AACCACAUGAAAAUAAUAAUGAAUAUUGCAGUUGAGAGUUAACUACUGAUUACUGACAAUGUGGAAAAUGACUCCAAGAAACAACAGCUGCUUUAAGGUGACCGUCAUGCACAUAUACAUUUUGGUAUUAUGUGCUGUACAUAUGUCAUCAGGGAAACAGAAGAUGAAGACUUGCACAUCAGAACAAAUAACUAAACUGGAAAAAGAACUAAAAGCUGAAAUCCUCGCUACAAAACAAGCAAUACUAGAUGAAAUUGUAAAGAUAGGUGAGCAAGGAACAUCAGAACCAGAGAUAAAAACAAUUUUGACUCCAAACAACUAUGACUUCAAGCACACUCCAAUAGAUGUCAGUGGCAAAACCUUCUUCACAUUUGACGUAAAAACAUGCCAUGAUGGGCAUAUCCAGCUUUCAAAGACAGCAGGAAACAUUGAUAAGAACACCUAUGAGAUACUUCUCCAAGGUUGGAACACUGUCAGAAAGACUUCAGCCAUAAGAGAUAGCAGACAGGGAAAACUAGAAGUGUACCAUAAUGGACAAGUUGUGUACUGUGAUGCCACAACUUCAUUUUGGAUUAGCUGGUCAGGUGGUUACAUAGAGGUGGGCAGGGGCCAUGUGUAUGGUAGAGAUACCUUCCUGCAGUGGAAGGACCCAUCACCACAUCCUGUGAAUGCAGUGCAGUUCACUUCAGGAUUUGGAGCAAAUGGAACAUGGACAGUCUAUGUUUAAUAGUGAACAUUACUGGCUUUACAGAGGAUAUUAGAUAAAGAGAGAUAGAUCUGUACCAAAUAGUUGUUCUGAAAUUAUAAUAAAUUCAUGAGCUGAAAA